AUGGAUUCACAAGACGAUGCGGUUCAAAAAUCAGACGAAAACAUAAUGAAAAAUAAAUAUGAGAGAGAGACAGAGUCCAAAUUAUGUAACGGGCACGUUAGUGAAAACGAAAAAAAAGAUGAGCCGGUCAAAGCAAAUUAUAAAAGGAAAAAUAUGUCGGAUACGGAAGAAGAAACAGAAGGAAAGCGAGCCAAUUUAAAAACUGAGGAUUCAGUGAAAGGAGAAAUUCCAGCACAUCACGCUAGAAGACCCCCAAAUGGGUUUUUGUUGUUUUGCAAGAGGCAUCGGGAUAUUGUCAGUGCUAAAAAUCCAAAUUUAGAAAAUCGAGGUGUGACUAAAUUAUUAGGAAAUUGGUGGAGAACAUUAGAAGAAGAUGAAAGAGAUAAAUACAAGGAACUUGCUCGACAGAACAAGGAAAUUUUUAUUGCUAACAAUCCUCAAUUUACUUGGUAUAAGCUACCAGCUCCACCCCUACGAACUCUUGUCACUAGACCAUCAAACAGGAGACCCCCUAAUCAAUUAGGAGGUUUAACUAGUCUUUUAAGUUCAUCUUUGUCUCCUCCGACAACUCCUCUGAAUGCUUCACCGCCAUUGCCGUCUGUUUUAAGUCACUCUGCUCCUCCUAAAAAAAGAUUUUUACUUCAAACCAGGACGAAGCCUCCCAAAGAUGAUUCUGAAUCGGCGAGUGAAUCCGAAGAAACGACGGAAAUAUUUUCAAAAAAAAGCCAUAAGGGAGAAAAAAGAAAAAAUAAAAAAAAAAAUAGUUUAAUCAAGUACAAAAAAAAUUCAAAGGCUAAACGGAAAGAUUCCUUAUACGAAAAAAAUUUUAUUGAAAACGAGCCAAACGAAUCUCGCUCGUGGAAAUCCGAUAAUAAUAAUUGCACUCAACAACAAUUAAUUGAAAAAAUAGUUGAUUCAAGUUUCGACGUUCAAAAAUCAUAUCAAGAGUUGGAUGUCCAACGCACUUUAGAUUAUAUAAAUACUGAACAUACGUAUCAAAAGAACCCGACCAGAUUUUGGCAAUCUCAGAAGAAUCAAAAAAUGGAUAAAAAAGAUGAUAAGAUAUCAGUACAAGUGAGUUCAAAACCCUACGAGAUGAAUGAAACACUCAUGAGUCCAAAUUUAAAUAAUAAUACAAUAGUUUUGUCCUCUGACAAGGAAGAAAGUAAAAAAAAUUGCGUAAAUUAUUCUUUUAACGAUAACAAUAAUUUGAUAGUAGAUUAUAUUAAUCCGAACCAAAGAAAGCUGGUCCUACCUAGUAUACAGACUAAUCAUGAUCGAAUGAGGACUAGUAAAAUAGAAGACGGGGAAGAAAGUAAGGGUAAAAAUGAAGGUGAUUAUGAGGUACCAGUAAACUGUGAUAAACGUAGUGCGAAUUUCCAAAGCAUAUUAGGAAAAGUAAGUCGAGAAAUAGUGAGCAUGAUAAAAGAGCGAGUUUCAGAAGACGCUGAAGAAAUGGCGGUUGCAAAAUUUAACGUAAGAUCUAGAAGCGAAACCGAUUCCGACGAAUCGUGGUACGAAAAAUCCGACAACAGUCCGCCCGAGUCUCCACGUGGUCGAAGAUCGAAAAGAUCUUGCAAGGGUCAAAGAUACGAGCAAUACAUAAAGAAUUCGGUGAGCAAAAAAAGAAGCAAAAAUUUAAAUUUUCAUUCUGCGACGGGAGAUGAAGAAAAAAUGAGUUCGAACGUGAAAACGAAAAAGAAAAAAAUUCAUAAAAGAGAAAAUUCGAAUUUGCACAAUGACAAAUAUUAUUUGAAAAAAGAAGGUGCAAAGGCUUCUGACAUAAUACAAUUGAAAUUGGAAUUGGAACAAAAGUUGAAAAAACAUGGCGAAGAAAAAAACAUAAGAAAAAUAAAAGAUGCCAAAAAUGUAAUUAAAAAAAAGCCAAUAUCAAAAGUUCAAAUGAUAAAAGAAAAGAAAGAACUUCACGGAGGAGGAAAGUUACCAAACGUCGGACCUGAUUCUUCUUCCUCUUCGGCCAUUACAUCAAAACCAAUAUCAAAUUCCGUUCAAGGCAUUUCAAGACCGGAUUUUGCUGAUUUAACAACUCUAGCUGAAACUGCCUUAACUUUGUUAUCGCUCCAAGAACCCCGUUAA